AUGGACAGAACCUAUUUUAUACGAAGAGGGUUAAAGACUUGUUUCAGUGAUUUUUUCUCUGUACAACAAUAUCGUUUUAAUAUUCUGCGAUCAUUUACAAAAAAUGCUUUAGAACGAAGAAUUUUUUCUGGAAUUCAGCCUACAGGUAUUCCUCAUAUAGGGAAUUACUUAGGAACAUUAAAAAAAUGGGUUGAACUUCAAAAUACUGCUGAAUUAUCUACUAUUUUACUAUUUUGUAUUGCUGAUUUACAUGCAAUCACUAUACCGAAAAAUCCUAUAGAAUUAAAGAAACAUAAAAGAGAAAUGUUUGUUGCUUUAGAAGCAAUUGGAAUUGACACAAAAAGAUCUAUUGUAUAUGAACAAUCUACUGUUCCUUAUCAUUCUGAAUUGGCAUGGAUACUUAAUUGUGUAAUUCCUGUUUCUCAUCUUCAGCGUAUGACUCAAUGGAAGACAAAGUCUUCUCAAUUUAAAAAUACAACCUCAACACCAAAUUUAGGACUUUUCGCCUAUCCUGUUCUUCAGGCAGCUGACAUUCUUUUAUACAAGGCAACAGAUGUACCAGUUGGUGAAGAUCAAAUUCAACACCUAGAACUUACUUCUACAAUAAGUCGCUUUUUUAAUAGGACUUUUUCAAAAAAUAUAUUUACAUCGCCAAAUAUUUUAUUAACGCCUUCAAAAAGAAUUAUGUCAUUAAGAAACCCCAAACAGAAAAUGUCUAAAUCUGAUCCCAAUCCAAAUUCUCGAAUUCUAAUAACGGAUUCUUUUGACAUUAUUGAAUCUAAAAUCUUACAUGCUAUAACAGAUUCCUAUGAUGGUAUUACAUAUGACCCAGAUAAACGCCCAGGGAUUGCAAAUCUUCUUCAAAUAUUAGCUUCUUUAGAUUAUCCAAGCUCAGAUCCUAUUAAAAUUGCAAAAGAUAAUUCAAAUCUUAGUCAUAAAGCAUUUAAAUCUUUAGUAACAAAAUCUAUUUAUACAUUUUUUACACCAAUACGUGAACGAUAUCAAUGUAUCAUGUCUCAAAAUAUUUCUUCAUAUAUUGAACAAAAUAAAAAAGGAACAUGUAAUGCACAAAAACUCGCAUCACAUACUAUGGAGCAAGUGAAAACAUGUAUAGGUCUUUUAUGA